AGCUGAUAACCCUGCUCAAGCUCGCGAGGACAGGAAGAUUAUGACCGCAGCUGAUAUAUGUGUUGUAGUGAUGUAAUUUAGCCGUUUGUUGACUACGGAUGGCUGUUUGUGCCAGGCUUUGCGGAGUCGGACAGUCUCGAAGGUGCCGCCGGAGACGACAGAGGAACGACCAGCAGGACCAAGGCAGCGAUUCUGAUAUGGAAGAGGAAGAAGAAGAGCGAAUCGUAGGCCAGCGGAGAAGCGAAGCAGGGAGCAGCGGAGGCCCCGGGCGAGUCGCUGCCGCGGACGCCGCGACUGCAGGGCCAAGUGACGCUUGUGAAUAUGGCAGCGGCCAUGUCAACAGAGGAGAAUCGAACACGAGACCUCCACACCCAGAGUCAUUAAUUGAACUACCGCCGGAGCUCCUGGUGGAAAUAUUUUCCUUGCUUCCCGGAACAGUGUUACCUAACGUCGCACUGGUUUGCAAGAAAUUUAGACAAAUCCUCAAAACGGAAACCAUAUGGAGAAGACGAUGCGUGGAAGAGUUUGGGAUGAAGGAGGAUCUGAGAAAGAUGGAAGCAGGAGGAGUUACCAGCAAAGACCUUUAUGUUAAACGUGUCAUCCCACGGGUGAAGUCUGGGCGCUUUAUGAAACUCCUGCCCGACUACGAGCAUAUGGACUAUAAAGACGUGUACACGCACUUACUUCACCCAUAUAGACACAUUCUAGGGCUUUGGCAGCCUGACAUCGGACCUUACGGUGGAUUGCUCAACGUUGUGGUGGAUGGUUUAUUCAUAAUUGGCUGGAUGUAUCUACCACCUCAUGAUCCCCGCGUGGAAGAUCCGAUGAGAAGGAGACCACUUUUUCGCAUUCACCUGCUGGAAAGCAAAAAGGCCACUGUGGAGUGUAUGUAUGGACAUAAAGGUCCCCACAAAGGAGACAUCCAGACUGUAAAGAAAGAUGAAUUUUCAACUAAAUGUAACCAGACCGAUCAUCAUCGGAUGCCAGGAGGCAGACAGGAGGAAUUUAGGACUUGGUUAGAGGAAGAAUGGGGUCGCACACUGGAGGAAAUCUUCCAUGAACACAUGCAGGAGCUGAUCCUGAUGAAGUUCAUUUACACAAGUCAAUAUGAUAACUGCUUGACGUACAGGCGGAUCUACCUGCCUCCAUCAAUGCCUUCAGAUCUGCUGGAGCCAGGCUUAUUUAAAGGCACAUAUGGAAGUCACGGCUUGGAGAUCGUCAUGCUUAGUUUCCAUGGGACUUCUGCAAGAGCCACUAAACUUACUGGAGACCCAAACGUUCCUGCAGGGCAACUCACACUGGACGUCGACCUGAGCCAGCCUGUGGACCUCCCGGAGUUAGACCAACAGAAAAACAUUGAUGUGCUGUCACGGAUUAUAUCAGGAAUACAUGAGAAAGUACAAAGAGAGGGGGAACGGCCGGCUAGCGACUCCUCUGCUAGUGCAGGACAUCCAGCGGAGGAAGCAGGUGCUGCUGCUGCUAAAGUAGUAGAUGAUGACCAUGGUGCCUGUGCAGAUGCAUCCCAGUCUGAGCCCAGCAGUAGUAGCCAUCAUCCUGAAGCUCAGCCCUUUGUUUUGCCUUUAGGGGUCAUGGCUCGCAAUGAGGUGUACCCUCGCACCUGCAGGAAAUGCUUCUAUGGAACAGGCCUGAUUGCUGGUCACGGCUUCACGAGUCCAGAGCGCACACCAGGGCUCUUUGUGCUUUUCGAUGAGGACCGUUUUGGUUUCAUCUGGCUGGAGUUGAAGUCUUUCAGCCUGUAUAGUCGGCUGACAGACCACCUGCCCCACGCUGACGCCCCGAACAUGGAGCGGUUUGAGGCUAUGCUGCGCAACAUGCAGUCUUGGACAUCUUGAUGCAUCAAGCUUUAAGCAAAUUAACCCUUACACUUGAUUUGCCUCUGAUGAGGACGUCAACGUCCUGAUAUCUCGUGACCUUAACCCUCAAUGUUGUUUGAGGUUGGAUUUUACUGCGCAAUUCUACCUGCUUGUGUCACCCUGACCUAACAUACCUAUAUUUCCUCUACACGUGCACUCUGAAGGGCCUCCCAUGUCACUGUUUAUCGCCUCGACCUAUUACGACCUUAACCUAAAUAGCGCAGCAUGAGAACGGGUUACAUAAAGGUUUAUUUAUUCCCUACUGACAAAACAGUACCGGUACCGCUUAUAUGACCAUUAAAAGAUCAGACUGUAUGUGCCUGUGAUUCCAGAUCCACGUCUGUACCAGAUAGUGCUUGAAGCAGAUAAAGGUGUUCAAUGUAUUCUGUUAUAUCAUAGUAUUAUACCAGCCUCAGUGCCGAACAUGUUCGAGUGAGUGCUGCGUUUAAGAUCUAAUCAACACUGCACUUGAAACCAUGAUCUAAAGGUGGUUGGUUUGUAUAAAGCAGCAUGCCUUGUUUUGUUUUAAAUUGGUAAAUUAAAAGAAGGACAUCUCAGGUGCUUCUAUUGGUUUCAAGUCCUAAGAUAUAUUUGGUUUCAUUUGGUAUAUUCAGCAAAGAAAUACGUGAUAAUGGCAAAAUUGGCAAAUGUAAGAGUUCAGGCUUACAUUUGAUCAAGCUCAACAUUGGAAGAUUGAUCUUGGGGGGG